UUUAUCAGAAUCUAAUUGAACAAUUGAACGAGAAGCGGCGAAUGUUUCAAUUCCAAGUCAGACUUUGCCCGUGUAAACUGAAGUAACGAGCUGCAGUUGAGACCAUUUUUGUAUUUCAUCAGCUUUAUGGAUUGCUACAAUUUUGAUGGCGGAUCUUUCAGCUGGACCACUACUCCAUAAUCCGAACAAUGUAACUCUCUUUGCCUUUUUCCCCUUUUUUUCUCCAUUGUUACUAUAAAAAAUUUUAGCAAUGGUCUGUACUUGCACUUUUUCUUCUCCUUCUUCAUUUUCGCCAUCUUUAUCUUUUUCACAAUAUAAAACACCAGUCCGCUCAAAGCACCAUAAAUUGAUCCCAAGUGUGGUAAUUUCAUGCCACAAGGCUAAAAACCCCAAAGCCGAUGAAGAAGUAGAAUCAGAAUCAGAGUCUGAGUCGGAAUCAAGGUUUAGGAAAUCCCAUUUAUUAUUGCUCAAACUUGCAGUAACUUCUACUGUAAUUUCAGCUGCACUUCCCCAACCCUCAUUAGCUGCUAAAGUAUCUGCAAAGAAGCGUGCUGGGAAAAAAUCUGAGGCUUUAAGUCCUCAAGAACUGAAAAAAUGGUCACAAGGGCUUCCUGCGGUGACCCAGAGGUUGCCCUAUUCAGAGAUUAUUGAUUUGAGAAGAGGUGAUAAACUUAAGCAUAUUAUUAAACCCCCUAAUGUUGGGUUUAAGGAACGACCUGAGGUGGUUUUGGCUGUUUUGGAGGAUAAUAAGGUUGUUAGGAUAGUCUUGCCUUCUGUUGAUGGUGACCCGAAAUUUUGGGCAGAGUGGGAUGAGUUGAAACUUGAUACUGUUUGUAUGAAUGCUUUUACUCCCCCUUUGAGAAAGCCUGAUAUCCCUUCGCCUUAUUUGGGACUUUUGGGGAAGAUUCCAUCGUGGAUGUUUUCAUUGGUGAAGGUGAAGCCACAGUCAAAGAAGGCAUUGGAGUUGAAGAGGAUGAGGGAGGAGAUGAAGAAGAGGCAGAAUGAGGAGUUGGCAAAGAUGAGAAAAGAGAGGGAGAUGAUUGAGAAAGCGGCUAGGAUGGAGAAGAAAAUGGAAGAGAGGAGGAAGAGGAAGGAGAUGAAGAGAAUUAAGUUCCAGGAAUCAUUGCUACAAGCACAGAGGAGUGCUCAAGAUAGGUCGAGGUUUUGGGACAAUUUAGCUAGUGAUCCUAAUGUUGUCAAUUUUCUUGGCUUGUUCUUUUUCUUCAUAUUUUACGUUACUGUUGUUCUUAGUUUUAGAAGGGGGCAGAAAGAUUAUGAAGAUAGGCUGAAGAUAGAGAAAGCAGAGGCCGAAGAGAAGAAGAAGAUGAGGGAGCUAGAGAGGGAAAUGGAGGGCAGGGAGGUUGAGGAUGAUGAAGAGGCAGGCGGGAAAGGAGAGGAAAACCCAUACAUGAAGAUGGCAAUGCAAUUCAUGAAAUCUGGUGCUCGCGUACGGAGAGCCAAAAGUAAGAGACUCCUGCAAUACUUGGAGAGAGGCGUGGAUGUGAAGUUCUCAGAUGUUGCAGGGCUUGGAAAAAUCAGAGAAGAGCUUGAGGAGGUUGUCAAAUUUUUUACCCAUGGGGAAAUGUAUCGCAGAAGAGGAGUUAGAAUACCUGGGGGCAUACUUCUUUGUGGUCCACCUGGGGUCGGGAAAACUUUAUUAGCAAAAGCUGUGGCUGGCGAGGCAGGUGUAAACUUCUUUUCUAUAUCUGCUUCUCAGUUUGUAGAAAUUUAUGUUGGUGUUGGUGCUUCCCGUGUUCGAGCACUCUACCAAGAAGCAAGGGAGAAUGCUCCAUCUGUUGUCUUCAUUGAUGAGCUGGAUGCUGUGGGGAGGGAGCGUGGUUUGAUUAAGGGUUCUGGUGGACAAGAACGUGAUGCUACUUUGAAUCAGCUUCUUGUCUGUCUAGAUGGAUUUGAAGGUAAAGGUGAAGUGAUCACUAUUGCUUCCACAAAUAGACCAGAUAUCUUGGAUCCAGCACUUGUAAGACCUGGACGAUUUGAUCGGAAAAUAUAUAUCCCUAAGCCUGGAUUGAUAGGUCGGAUUGAAAUUCUGCAGGUCCAUGCUCGUAAGAAGCCUAUGGCUCCAGACGUUGACUACAUGGCUGUUGCAAGUAUGACUGAUGGCAUGGUUGGUGCAGAGCUAGCCAACAUUAUUGAGGUUGCUGCUAUCAAUAUGAUGCGUGAUGGAAGAACUGAGAUAACAACUGAUGAUUUGUUGCAAGCUGCACAAAUGGAAGAAAGAGGUAUGCUAGAUAGAAAAGAGAGGAGCCCUGAGAUGUGGAAGCAAGUUGCUAUUAAUGAAGCAGCAAUGGCUGUAGUAGCAGUGAACUUCCCUGACCUCAAGAAUAUUGAAUUUGUAACCAUUGCUCCAAGAGCUGGAAGGGAACUAGGUUAUGUUCGGUUCAAGAUGGAUCAUGUUAAAUUUAAGGAAGGAAUGCUAAGCCGCCAAUCUCUCUUAGAUCAUAUCACUGUUCAACUAGCACCACGUGCAGCUGAUGAGUUGUGGUAUGGAGAGGGCCAGUUGAGCACGAUAUGGGCGGAAACUGCAGACAAUGCUAGGUCAGCUGCGCGAACACUUGUUAUUGGUGGUCUCUCGGAGAAACAUUAUGGUCUGAAUGACUUCUGGGUUGCUGAUCGUUUGAAUGACAUUGAUUUAGAGGCUCUGGGGAUUGUAAAUAUGUGCUAUGAACGUGCUAAAGAGAUCCUCCAGCGCAACAAAAACCUCAUGGAUGUGGUGGUUGAUUCUCUUGUUGAGAAGAAAAGCCUGACCAAGCAAGAAUUCUUUGACUUAGUUGAAUCACACGGGUUUCUCCAACAAAUGCCCCCAAGCAUAAUAGAUAUCAGGUCCACCAAACGUUCAGAGUUUCAAGACCUGAUAACUGACCAGCAAGAAGCAUCUCUUAGAAGUUCUUGAUCAUAGUUUUUUGAGAGGAUCUAUAAGAAUCAGAAGAGCAGACACAGUGUAUAAGCAGUUGCCUGCUGAGCUUUCAGACGAACUAUGCAAAUUAUAGAUGAAUGAACCAGACGAUUGCAGCAUCCAGGCUGGGGCAUGGUGAUGGUCUCUCCGUGUAUCCCUGUAAAAUGUUGGACGCUGAGGACAUGCUAUAUCAGCCUGCAGCUGGGCUGGCUAACUAAUUGUUCUGAGUUCCCAGAAUUUUGAAAGAGAGAGCCCAGGAGGGAUGAACGAAGAGGCCCUUCUUUAUAUGUUGUCGAUUAUUAGCUCGUAGGUGUGCCCCCAAAUGAAUGCCGGGGUUUGGUAAUUCGUUCGGAAAUUUUGUUACUGCGAAGAGGGUGGCGGAGAGUUCACUAUAUGCUGUUAUGAUUUUUGGAUUAAGUUCCGUAAGUGGUACUAUAAGUUGAGCAUUAGUCUCCAUGGAUAAUUUUACAUCAAGAUCUUUUGAAGUGACUAUAUAUAUAUAUAUAUGUAAAGUCGAGUUGGAUUUCGAUUUCU